AUGGGACUGACUCGCACAAUAACAAAAUGCCAAAGUCGGAAACAGCCUGUGGACCACCCCUCAAAAAACAAGUCUCCAGGCCAAUGCUUUUCCUUCUUCCCCCCAGAGAAGAGGAGGCGAGAGGCCAUCACUGCAGCAACCUGCCUGACUGAAGCGUUAGUGGAUCAUCUCAAUGUGGGCGUGGCCCAGGCCUACAUGAACCAGAGAAAGCUGGACCACGAGGUGAAGACCCUGCAGGUCCAGGCUGCCCAGUUUGCCAAGCAGACCGGCCAGUGGAUCGGGAUGGUGGAGAACUUCAACCAGGCACUCAAGGAAAUCGGGGACGUAGAGAACUGGGCUCGGAGCAUCGAACUGGACAUGCGCACCAUUGCCACGGCGCUGGAGUACGUGUACAAAGGACAGCUGCAGUCUGCCCCCUCCUAGGCCCACCCCACCGGCCCCCCAAGGGACGGGAGGGAGGUUGACAGCUGCCAAUAAAAUACAAGCUUCCCUUC